AUGGACGACAAGCGGGUUCACGAGUCGGAUAUUUCCUCCCCCGUUGACUAUCCCGCCGGCCAUGAGCGAAAUGUCGGCGUACACACAACUCCUCUGGCCGACUUACCCAAAGGCCGGUGGGAAAGGUCUUGGCCUACGAUUGCCUGUGGAGCAGGUCUAUUCUCUGACGGCUACCUUAACGGAGUCAUUGGAUCAGUUUCUACCAUGUUGCAGCUCAUCUAUGGCGAUGCUUACACUUCAUCGUCCGCCAGAAGUGCUGUUCCCAGCAUCGCUUUUGCCGGUACUGUGGUCGGGCAUCUCUUCUUCGGCGUGUUGAGUGACCACUGGUCGCGCCGCAACUCUUUGCUCAUUUCGACGAUCAUCCUCAUUCUCUUUUCAAUUCUCUGUGCUGGAGCGUAUGGAGCAGGUGGAAGCGUCCAAGGCCUGUUUGCGGCUCUUUCAGCCUACCGUUUCCUGAUAGGUUUGGGCAUAGGGGGAGAAUACCCCGCUGGCUCUGUUGGCGCAGCAGAAAAUACUGGCGAGCUUAAGACAGGCCACCGUAAUCGGUGGUUCAUCUUUGCUACAGACUUCCAGAUCGAUCUGGGCUUUGUCAUCAGCGCCUUUGUCCCGAUGCUGGUGGUGCUCGCCACCGGAGAGAACCAUCUUCGAGCUGCAUGGAGGAUAUGCCUCGCCUUAGGUGCCAUUCCACCUCUAAGCUUGUUAUAUCUUCGAAUCAAACUUAAAGACCCGGAGCAAUAUCAACGCAACAAGAUGCACAAGUUUCCCAUCAAGCUCAUUGUCAAGUUCUAUUGGUGGCGCCUUACGGUCAUCUCUAUCAUCUGGUUUGUCUACAACUUCUCCGCCUACUCGUUCGGCAUCUUCGCAUCGUCUUGGCUUGUGUUCAUCCUCCCAAAUGACGCUCCACUAUGGAAGUCCUUUGGCAUGGCAACUGCCAUCAACAGCUUUUGGCUUCCGGGUUCCUUUUUCGGAGCCUUCUUGUCUGACUGGAUCGGUCCAAAAUGGGGCCUGAUCUGGGGUGUUUCCCUGCAAGGCAUCGUUGGCUUUGCCAUGACCGGCGCGUACGGCGAGCUCAACCAGCCUUCCCGAGUCGCCGGCUUCAUUAUUUUGACUGGACUGUUCAUGGCCCUAGGAGAGGUCGGCCCAGGUGACAACAUUGGUCUCCUGGCCUCCAAGCUCACGUCGACGCCGAUACGAGGACAAUUCUACGGUAUUGCCGCGGCUUGGGGUAAAGUCGGGGCCUUUGUCGGGACAUACAUCUUCCCGAUCCUGAUUGAUGCAGCGGGCGAUGACAAAGUCAAACAGGGGCAAUACCCAUUCUGGGUUAGCAGUAGCUUGUGCAUCUUCAGUGCGUUUGUGGCAUACUUCGGACUUCCCAAUGUUGGACAGGAUAUGAUUGAGGAGGAGGAUGAGAGGUUCAAGGCGUACCUUGAGGAACACGGCUACGACACAAGCGGCAUGGGUACAAAAAGGUUCCGAGAGGACGUAUCCAUGGCAAUGCAUUGAAGACGGUCUCAGUUUAUGAUGUAAAGGGCGCAGGAGGAGGACUAACUAGUGAGUUCGGUGGAUGUCUUUGUUUUGUGGAUAUACUUCCAGAAUAGAUGUUAUGCUGAGAUCAGCAGCAGGAUAGGACCUUAUGCACCUUUGUAUACCCUG